UACGUGCUUAAGCAGCCCUGUUUUUUUAGACACGCGUCUGAAAGCGGAAAAAAACGUGAACUCGUCGGAAAAGCAGCAUUUUCCAAGCCCAUAGCGCUUGUAAUUGUAAUUGUUGGCACAAGCAGGCCAGCCAAAUCCGAUACGGAAACGUCUCAGUUUCAAGCCGAACAAAAGGAAUUGUGUGCGAGGAACGAAAAGAACCGAAAAAAAAGUACAGACCCCUGAAAUUUCACACGAGAACGCAGUAGCUUGUGGAACGUAAGAAGUUUUUGUCGGAAAAACUAAGGAAAAACGUAUAGACACAAAGUGCAACACCAACACAACGAUCGUAUACAUUUUUUUGUCGCAAAUUGCAAGUGUGCACCUAAAAAAAAUCAAAGCGUAACCAUUGCAAAAUUUUCCUAAACGGAAAGCAAGAAAAAAAAAGCAACUGAUUGGAGGAUAAUAUGAGUAAUGCUAUUAACCAAAAUGGCACAGGUCUAGAGCAGCAAGUUGCUGGUCUGGACUUGAAUGGCGGCUCUGCUGACUACAGCGGCCCCAUAACAAGCAAGACUUCCACUAACUCGGUCACCGGUGGUGUGUAUGUGCCCCCGCAUCUUCGUGGUGGUGGUGGCAAUAACAACGCAGCGGACGCAGAGAGCCAGGGCCAAGGACAAGGCCAGGGCUUCGACUCCAGAUCCGGGAAUCCGCGCCAGGAGAGUAGGGACCCGCAACAGUCGCGCGGCGGCGGAGGCGAAUACCGCAGAGGCGGCGGCGGUGGAGGUCGCGGCUUCAAUCGCCAGAGCGGCGACUACGGUUUCGGAAACGGCGGCGGCGGCGGAGGACGACGUGGAGGUGGUGGUCGCUUCGAGGACAACUACAACGGUGGUGAAUUCGACUCGCGUCGCGGCGGUGACUGGAAUCGCAGCGGCGGAGGCGGAGGAGGUCGCGGUUUCGGUCGCGGACCAUCAUACCGCGGCGGUGGCGGCGGAAGCGGUAGUAACCUCAACGAGCAGACUGCCGAGGAUGGCCAGGCACAGCAGCAGCAGCCACGCAACGAUCGCUGGCAGGAGCCAGAACGUUCUGCCGGAUUCGAUGGCAGCGAGGGCGGACCGCCUGCCGGCGGCAACAGAAGCUACAACAAUCGUGGCGAGCGCGGAGGCGGCGGUUACAACAGCCGCUGGAAGGAGGGCGGCGGCUCAAACGUCGACUACACAAAGCUGGGCGCCCGAGACGAGCGCCUGGAGGUGGAGCUAUUCGGCGUGGGCAAUACGGGAAUCAAUUUUGACAAAUACGAGGAUAUACCCGUGGAAGCGACGGGCCAGAGUGUGCCCCCGAACAUCACAUCGUUCGAUGAUGUGCAGCUGACGGAGAUUAUCCGAAACAACGUGGCCCUAGCACGAUAUGACAAACCGACACCGGUGCAGAAGUACGCCAUUCCGAUCAUUAUCAAUGGCCGAGAUCUAAUGGCCUGCGCCCAGACCGGAUCCGGCAAGACGGCCGCCUUCCUGGUGCCGAUUCUCAACCAGAUGUACGAGCUGGGGCAUGUGCCCCCGCCGCAAAGCACCCGGCAGUACAGCCGGCGCAAGCAGUAUCCUUUGGGUCUGGUGCUGGCGCCGACCCGCGAACUGGCCACCCAGAUCUUUGAGGAGGCCAAGAAGUUCGCCUAUCGCUCCCGGAUGCGCCCGGCAGUGCUGUACGGCGGCAACAAUACCAGUGAGCAGAUGCGCGAGCUGGACCGCGGUUGCCACCUGAUUGUGGCCACACCCGGUCGCCUGGAGGAUAUGAUUACACGCGGCAAAGUGGGACUGGAAAACAUUCGGUUCCUUGUUCUGGAUGAGGCAGAUCGUAUGUUGGACAUGGGUUUCGAGCCGCAGAUCCGCCGUAUCGUGGAACAGCUGAACAUGCCGCCAACCGGGCAGCGCCAGACGCUUAUGUUCUCGGCCACAUUCCCCAAGCAGAUCCAGGAGCUGGCCAGCGAUUUCCUCAGCAACUACAUUUUCUUGGCCGUUGGUCGUGUGGGCUCCACCUCUGAAAACAUUACGCAGACCAUCUUGUGGGUCUACGAGCCCGAUAAGCGCUCGUAUCUGCUGGAUCUGCUCUCGUCUAUCCGCGAUGGCCCCGAAUAUACCAAAGACAGCCUAACGCUGAUCUUUGUGGAGACUAAGAAGGGUGCAGACUCGCUGGAGGAGUUCCUGUACCAGUGCAACCAUCCCGUGACCAGCAUCCACGGUGAUCGCACGCAGAAGGAGCGUGAGGAGGCUCUGCGCUGCUUCCGCUCGGGCGACUGCCCCAUCCUGGUGGCCACUGCUGUGGCCGCUCGUGGCCUGGACAUUCCGCACGUGAAGCACGUUAUCAACUUUGACCUGCCCUCGGAUGUGGAGGAGUAUGUCCACCGUAUCGGACGUACCGGACGUAUGGGUAAUCUCGGUGUGGCCACCUCCUUCUUCAACGAGAAGAACCGCAACAUUUGCUCCGAUCUCUUGGAACUGCUGAUCGAAACGAAGCAGGAGAUCCCCAGCUUCAUGGAGGACAUGAGCUCGGAUCGCGGCCAUGGCGGAGCCAAGCGGGCUGGACGCGGCGGUGGUGGACGUUAUGGUGGCGGUUUCGGCUCCAGGGAUUACCGUCAAAGCUCUGGCGGAGGCGGUGGCGGACGCAGUGGACCACCACCACGCAGCGGUGGCUCUGGAUCGGGAGGCGGCGGUGGCAGUUACCGCAGCAAUGGAAACUCGUACGGUAAGUUUGGCGGCAAUUCAGGCGGCGGUGGAUAUUAUGGCGGCGGCGCCGGUGGUGGCUCCUAUGGCGGCUCCUACGGCGGUAGUGCCUCGCACUCGUCUAACGCACCCGACUGGUGGGCUCAAUGAGCAAGGCCUCAGCUUCAGGCAAAGGACCUGGGCCAGCAGCAGCAUCAGCAGUCGCAUCGCAGCCACUUUCGCAACUAACCAAACGGAGAAAAACAAAGUCGAUAACAACUAUAUAUAUAUGUGCACACACGUAUACUAUAUAGGAACAGCAAAUGUGAAAGAGAAACUGUCUGUGCGCAGCGCAACACGAAAAUACAGAAAAGAUACACAGAUGCACCCUCCACCCUCGUUUAGCAAUUCACUCCUCUCUCACAACCUCAAAAACCAGGAGCAAACGUUAAUAAUAAACUGUGCAAAUCCAUCGCGAAAGUAUAUUACAUUCAUGUAUAGCCAGCCCAAAAAGCCCGAGCCCUCCAUUUCCAUCUCCUCCAUCAUUACAUAUAUUUUAUGGAUUCGAUGCGCGUAGUUGAAGGAUAUGCAAACAUACAUAUUUAAAAUAUGCUAAACAACCACAAAUAUUAAGAAUAUUUAAGCAAAUGAUACAAUUUUGAAUUUUUGUCCAUAAGUUACAAUUCUCACACAUCAUUUUUCUUGGAACUCUUAAAAUACAUAUAUAUAUAUAGACAUAAAUAUUGUCGAUAUCGAAUCGAAACGAUGAAUGCGCAAAUCCUUGAACUUCAAUUGAUGAUUUUAAACGAAGAAAACAUAAAAAUAGUAAUGGUAUAUAUAUUAAUAAAUAUAUAUAUCGAGAUAUAAUGUACUAUAUGAAACAAGAAACCAACACAAACAAGUAAUUAAAAAAAACAAGUUUGCUAAACUUAAAAUAAAUAAUUUAGCAAAUGGAAAAAAGA